AUGGCUACGAAAGAUGCAACAGACGACACCCCCGUCGACAACCGGGAUGCGCUGGAGGUGCUGGAAUCAGAAGCGAAGGAGUGGGAGAAGGAUGCCGAGAUUGACCGCAUUUUGAAAGCCUUCAGGCUCGAUGCCUACGCCGUCCUCGGCCUCAAACCCGGCGUGCCCGAAUCAGACAUCAAAGUGACCUACCGCAAAAAGUCGCUCCUAAUCCAUCCCGACAAGACCAAAAACCCCCUGGCACCGGACGCCUUCGACCGGCUCAAGAAGGCCCAGACCGAGCUGAUGGACGAGAAGCACCGGGCGGUGCUGGACGAGGCGAUCGCGGACGCGCGGAUGCUGCUGAUGCGGGAGAACAAGUGGACGGUGGACAGCCCGGAGCUCAAGACGGCCGAGUUCGAGCGCAAGUGGGCGGACAAGACCAAGUUCGUGCUGAUCGAGAACGAGCAGCGGCGGCGGCGGCAGAUGAAGGCGCAGAUGCAGGAGGAGGGCCGCGAGCAGCGCCGCCAGGACGAGGAGACGGAGCAGCGCCGCAAGAAGCGCCAGCACGAGGAGGACUGGGAGGCCACCCGCGACCAGCGCAUCAGCAGCUGGCGCCAGUUCCAGAAGGGCGGCAAGGAGGAGGGGCCCGAGAAGAAGAAGAAGAAGAAGUUGAAGCCGAUCGGCUGA